UCGCCUCUCUGUUCCAGUGUGUUUACUACACUGCCGAGCAUAAGGGAGACGCUCGUCUUCACAUGCACUGAACCCACUGAGAAAAACAGUUUCUAGUUGUAUUGGUCAGAAAACCUCCACGAGCUCAACAUGCCCAAGAGAAAGACAGCAGUAAAAGAUGGAGGAGAAAGGGAGGAGCCCAAGAGGAGAUCAGCUCGGUUAUCAUCGAAACCGAGCCCAACCAAGCCGGAACCAAAGGCCAAGAAGGCAGCAGCAAAGAAAGAAAAGGCUGUGAACGACAAGAAGGAGGACAAGAAGACCAAGAAGGCGAAGGAGAACGCAGAGGCCGAGGCCAACGAGGAAAACCACUCUGAGAACGGAGAGGCCAAGACCAACGAGGUGGAGGCAGCCCCCGAGGAGGCCAAGGAGGAGGCCAAGUCCGAGUAGCACCACUGCCCAAGCUUCCUCCUCCUCUACAAUCCCCCCACCCCCUCUUCCCCCCCUUGCCCACCCUGAACCCCCAGCCAACCAGCCAGCCCCCUUCCAAGUCUCUCACAUGGUUUCCCUCCAAGGCGUAUUGUUAACAGAGGAAUAUUUUUAUCAAUGAUUUUAUAAGUAUCCGUACAGAUUUUUAGCACAAAAAGCAAAGCUGAUUAUGCAGUGGUCAUAUCAAGUGUCUGCAAGCAAGAUGAACACACUAAAAUCUUUUUUAAAUGGCAUUUCAUGAUUGUUGAAGGCUUGUUUGGUGUAGAAAGGUGCGUCCCCGCCGGAUUGGUUAUGUCGUGAGUUGUGUACUCCUGUGUUUUUCCUCCUCGCUCCCCAUCUUCCCCACCCCCCCUCCUCUCGCCUCUUCUUCCUCCGCAGAUUAGACCUCCCCCCCCCCCCCCCCCCCCCCCCGCCCCUACAGUUCAGCCUUUAUCCAUGUUAUAUUAACGGUUCAGCCAUGUUAAUGUGGGUGAUUCUUUUAGACCUCUAAAUGUGCAGUGAGUUCCCUUAUGCUUCUGUCUCUUUGUUUUUGUUUUUUUUCUUUCAUUGAAGUUGUGUUUUAAAAAAAAGAAGGAAAAAAAAGUGUGUUGUCCAUAAGAAAGAGGAAGACGAACAUGUGAAACAUUCCGGGAACAGCGAUUGCCUCCGACCCGUCUCCUAGACGACCCUGCGUGUGAAACAGCUCCCGCUCCAUCCGCGCUGUCACGUCAGCUUUUCUAAACACUGGUUUUUUUAAACAAUCGAAUUUGGAAACCCUCUCUGACAAAUUGCAGGUGUCUGGUCCCUCUCUUAUGUUCUGAAAUUCUCUUAAUAAAAACAAGUCCUGGGAAUUUUCCUCGAUA